AACUUGUAACUAGAACAAAGGAAAUCACAAAAAAAGAAAAAAAAAAAUGAAGGUUGUGGUGACAUCAAGGCAAACCAUCAAACCAUCCAGCCCAACACCCCAACACCUUUGCCAAUUGAAGCUUUCAUUUCUUGAUCAAAUACAACAACCACACUUUGUUCCUUUUAUCUACUUCUAUGCAUCAUCCAAUUCCGGGCUUAACAAAGCCACAAAUGAUAGAAGAAGAAGUGAGAAACUAAAGAAGUCUCUUUCUGAGACACUAUCAUGGUUCUACCCACUAGCUGGUCGUGUUAAAGACAAUCUCUUUUUUGAUUGCAACGAUCAGGGUGUCCCUUUCUUUGAAGCCCAAGUCCAAUCUAGUCUCGACCAUGUUGUUGGGCAAAGCAAUUCCGACUCCCAACUCAAUUACUUGUUUCCAUAUCCUGAUUUUGAUGAUGCUGGGGAUCUACUUUUAGCUGUCCAACUCAACUUCUUCGACUGCGGUGGCAUGGCUAUUGGAUUAUGUACUUCACACAAGAUAGCAGAUGCAUUAUCAAUAGUUAUGUUUAUGAAAUUCUGGGCAACUGUUAGUCGUGGAGAUCAUAGCAAUUUGGUUUAUCCCCAAUUCGGUUCAGCCAACAUCUUUCCCCCUACACUUAAUCCCAAUACCAAUCACCACAAGCACGGCGUUGGCACUACAAAAAACAAGAUCAGUGCAAAGAGUUUCGUGUUUAGCGACUCCGCCAUCUGUACUCUUAAAGCCAAAUACAGCCCCACCACCACCACAGCCACUACUGUCACUGCCAACAACAAAACCAUACAUAAUAAUCCAACUCGUGUUGAGGCACUUUCUACUUUUAUAUGGUGUAGAUAUAAGGCCGCCACUCGAGGAGAGAUGGCAUGUGGAGAAGGAAUUGGAUACCCUGUGAUUCAAGGGGUGAACUUGCGCACAAGACUCAAUCCACCUUUACCUAAUUCAUAUUAUGGUAACCUUAGUCGAUUUGCCAUAGCAAUAUUAGCACCACCAGCAUUGGAAAAAGGCGCUAUAGGAGAGGAUCGUGGUAGCUUGGUCACUCAGAUGAGAGAUGGGAUAAGAAAAGUUAACAUCGAUUAUGUAAGGAAACUCCAAGAGGGUGGUGGAGGUAUGGGGGGCUUGAAUUCCAAGAAUGAGGAGGGUGGUAAUAAAGGAGGAGAAAAAGGAGGAGGAGGAGGAGAUGCAGUGUUUACUCUUGUGUUUUCGAGCAUAGCUAGGUUUCCCCUAUACAAAACUGAUUUUGGAUGGGGUAGGCCUGUAUGGGUGACAUUUGGUGUAGUAAAUCUUGAUAAUGUGGUUGUUUUCUUUCCUACUAAAUCGGGUGACGGCAUAGAAGCAUUGAUUUGUAUGAAUAAGGGCGAUUUGGCAAAACUUGAAACUGAUAAAGAGUUCCUCUCCUUUGUUUCCAAUCCUAAAUUUCCACUUCUUAGCUCCUUAUAAAUUUUGUGUAAUUUCUUACUGUUACAUGAUGUUGAGAAUAUAAUAUAAAUAAUAAAGUUGUGCUACUCUCUAAUAGAGCAUAACAUCUCAGUUUA